AUGGUCAAUUUACCCGUUCAAACAGCUCUAAGAUUAAUAUGUCCAAUUUUAGUUCUAGGUAUCUCACCAAAUGAAGAUGGUAUUGACAUAACUAAAGAGCUCUGCUAUUUUGUGGAGAAAAGUCGUGCAAAGCAUAAAAUGUGGUUACCAUAUACAAGCCUCCGUUUAGCAGAGCGUUCUAGACCUUUUUAUGGUCCAGCUGAUAAAGUGCCUACAUCUAUUAAACCUCCCUCAGUGCCCAGAAAGAGGAAAAUUAAGGAAGAUCACACAUUACCCUUGAGUGUGAAACCAUCCAAAUCAAGGGAACCAGACUUGAACACAACAUAUGAUAUAAGACAUAUACCGUUAAAGCAAGGCAAAUAUGAAAAUGCUUUUAAAGAAUUUGUAAGGCGAGGGAAAGAAAUGCUUUUUGAUCAGUUCUAUGCUCAAUUAGAUGAAAAUAAAGAGAACGAAGAUUGCUUGUAUUAUGUGAAUAACAUUGAUGCAAGUACUGAGGAUAAAUUCGAGAUGGUCAUAAGGAACUCAGUAACAGAGAAGGAAAUUGAAAAUUAUCUGCAUCAGUGUUGGAGAUAUAAUUUUGUACAUAAGCAGUCUGAUAAUAAGGAUUCACUUGACAACAAUAAAUCUCUGUCACCAAUGACGAGUCCAAUAACGCUGCACGCACCCUGGUGCUUGGUCUGUGGUAAGGGAGAACGACUGCGACAAUGUCCCAACUGUCCUUCAUCCUUCCAUCUUCCAUGUCGAAGGGAAUGGCUGAUAACUAUCAUACACCGUAAAAACCCGCCAAAGAAAGCCCAAAAACAAGUGACAUUAGUGGAGAAAAUUUUGUCGAGUACCCGCACGAUAUGCUCUGUGAGAAAGGAAAAAGAAAACAUUGAACUGUGUCCAAGUUGCAUGUGGGGUCCACGAGUGGGGUACGACGACGUGGUGUGGCACAAGCUGGGCUCAUGCCCGUGGUGGCCGGCGCGUGUACUUGCGCCGGGCGCCACCCCCUCGUGCCUGCUCACGCGGACGCACUCACGCCACCAGUGGCCGCUCAAGUACUACGGUACGCAGAAUCACUCGUGGGGCGACGGCACUCGUAUGUGUCUGUUCCUGCCGAGUCACACCGCCGCGCUGGACACGGCCCGGGACCCGAUGCUGCAACAGGCAGUGCUUGACGCUUGUGACGAUUAUAUCGCAGUUUACCUUACAUAG